CAACGUCCUAGGUCACAAAGUUCUCUGGGCUAUGGAGACAACAGUUGAUACUUGGCAAGAACAAAAUUUCGAACGAAGGAAUUGACAAUUCAAAGUCUCGAAAAUUGCUUUUCUAUUUAUUUCGAGACUUUGCACGUUACAUAAACAUAUAAAGCUGAGAUGUCUGGAACACAAUUAAAAAGAUUCAAGGGAUGUGAAUAUUUGACUCAUCGACUGGCCCUUGCAACUCUUUCAGGAACACCGAUACGAGUAGAAGGAAUAUAUCCAAAUGAAGCAGAUCCAGGUUUAAAGGACUACCAGAUUUCAUUUCUCAGGCUUCUCGAAAAGGUGACAAAUGGAUCUGUUAUCGAAAUCUCUUACACAGGUACUUCCUUCAUAUACCGUCCUGGCAACAUAGUUGGUGGGCGUGUAGAACAUGCUUGUCCUGAAUCAAGAGCGAUUGGUUAUUUCUUGGAACCACUCCUAUUGUUAUGUCUUUUCGCGAAAACACCAACGUCGUUAACUCUAACGGGCGUUACAUCAAACAAUGAAGAUCCAGGCGUUGAUGUGCUUCGUACAAGUGUGCUUCCCUUCUUACAAAAGCGUUUCCAAGUUGGAGACGAGAUGGAAUUGCGAAUUUUAAAGCGUGGUGCUUCUCCAAAUGGUGGUGGUGAAGUUAACUUUUUGUGCCCUAUCACAAAAGUAUCAUUACCUCCAAUUCGAGUUUCUGAACCAGGACGCGUGUUUCGAAUUCGUGGCAUUGCCUCCUCCACGCGUGUUGCUCCCGUACUUGCUAACCGAUUGGUAGAAAGUGCUCGUGGCACUUUGAAUCCUUUCUUGCCAGAUAUUUUCAUUUACACAGAUGUACGCCGUGGAGACGAAUGCGGUAAUAGUCCAGGAUUUGCAAUAACCCUCGUGGCAGAAACAAACAAAGGCUGCUCAUAUGCUGCUCAGCAAUGCGGCGAAGCUGGUCAAACACCUGAAGAUGUUGGUACUUUAUGUGCUCAAAAGUUGUUAGAAUCGAUUGAGUCAGGGGGUUGCCUUGAUCGUUACACUCAACCAUCCAUUCUUACUGGUAUGCUUCUGUCUUCCGAAGAUGUAAAUUCCAUUGUCAUUGGACAAUUAAACAUCACUUCACAAUUAGUGACAUUUCUUCGUGAUGUGAAGGCGUUCUUUGGUAGAGAAUACCGCUUUAAAGAAUUUGAAACUGGACACAUCGAAAUGUCUUGUCUUGGAAAAGGUUACCUAAACGUAAAUCGUCGCCUUCAGUAAUCGACCCCAUUGUCCGGACCCAGCAAGACAGACUUCGUCUGGUUUUUUCAUCGUAUUACUGUUGUCUCUAAAAUAUCCUUGUUUUUUUUCCUUUUCCCUUCUUCUUUCCCUCUUGUUUUGAAAGUUGUUUAUACCUUCUUUACGACGUGAUUUAUUGUAUUCACUUUGACCUUAGACGAUCAUGAUCAUACAUGAGCCGAGGUUAUUGUCUUUUGGAUUUUUUUUUUGGUUUCUGCGAUUAGUUAAUUAGGUUUGGAUUAUUUAAUCCCAUAUUUUCUCCCUAUUUCCCUUUCAUACUUCGGUAUUUACAUAUCACUUUUCCCGUUUUUAUUCAACGUUGCAUUGAACCGCUCUACGGAUUUCUAUUCUACUCCCUGAUGGAUGGAGAAAAAUAAAAUUUUGUACAUUUGGUCUUUCAUUCAACUUACUCCUUGAAACCUAACUACUUUUUUGCUGUUUUACCUGUAGUGUCUUGUUACAUAAUGUAUUCAAAUAUGUUAUUUCUCAUCACUCUAUCCUCAGUUCCAACAACUUAAGUUCUAUGAUGGUUGAAUAGAGAUAGUUAUAGUUGAUUUGUAAACAGUUAGCAGCUUGUAUCACUACGUUCUUACUAUU